ACACCACUAGGUUUGGAGAACUGAAAUCCGAAAUACCCUUUUUUAGAAGAAAAAAAAGGAAAAAAGAAAAGAUUUCGAUUCUCUUUCUUUAUCGUCUUCCUCAAGAAAUUGAAAAUCUCACUUUCUCUCUCCUCUGUGACAACAAUGGCGGCAACUUCGUCGUCACGCCAUCAACGUUCUCACUCACCUUCUGGAAGAUUCUGUGCAUCUUCUAUUUCAUCUUCCUCUUCUUUUACUUCGUCCUCUCCGACGUUUACUUCUCAAUCUACAGAUUUGUUUCACAGAUCUUCUUCUCCUACGAGAGUCAGCAUCUAUGGAUGUUCGUCUCCUCAAACGACGUCGUCGUCCGUCCGAUUCUCCAUCGAUAAUCGGCCGACUUCGCCUAACAGAUCUUUUGCUGCCGUGAAUCGGAAUCGGAAUCCGUUUCCGGCGGCGUCAGGGAAGAAGAAGACGUGCAUGUGUUCCCCGACGACUCACCCUGGCUCUUUCCGGUGUAGCUACCACAAGAGUUUGGAGGCGAAGAAGCAGCAGAAUAUGGUGUCGUAUCCGCCGAAUCGGUUAAACAUGAGGCGAUCCGCGAUGACGAAUUCGCUCGUCAGAAUCGGCACAGUGGAAGGCGGUGAUUCGGUGAAGCGUGCUCUCGCCGCGCUGAUCCGUCCCUGUGCGCACCAGCAGCGACGGAGAUCUGAUUUCCAGCCUCGUCCGAGUCGACUCAGUAUCAUGUCCAAGGCCGGAGACAGCGAUCCUUGAGCAGAGUCGUCCGAGUUUGAAUUAUAUUUUGUUUCUUGCAUGUACAGGAGCGGCGGAGCUGUGGCCGAGUUGACUCACCGAGUCCAGAUCGGAUCGUAUCGGAUCGGAUCAUCCGUGUUGGCUCACUGAGUUGAUGCUGAGUUGUUGCCGAGUUUUUGUCUUUUUUAUUUUGCUUUUUUUUGGUUGUGUAUAGAAAAAAUCAAUCAAUCAAUCCCCAGAUCCGAAUAUUUUUAAAGGACGCAGGUUGUUAUGAAUUUAGUACUCCGUAGAUCUCUUCCCUUGGACAAUAGUUCUUGUUUAAUUUUUGUUCUUUUAUGAAUGUUUGAAUUUUACAAGUACUA